UUCUCAGUUCUUAACGCAACCUUAAGCUGUGAUGAUGCACGAUCUGAAGUAUCUGUGGACUUGUCUGAGUCUGUAUUUCUUUGUAGGAAGUGUUCAAGCUAGUUGUUUAAUCGAUUUGGCUCAUUUGAGCGCCAAUUAUGUGUACCUAAGCAACAAUAACGGAGUCUAUGAUAUUCAGCGCAGUGAUAUUGUGGAAAUCGGCAGGACGGUGUAUCUGCUAUGCAAUGUAGGACUUCUUCCCACCGCAUUCCAGUGUCAAUUUAACAGUGUGUUCAGUCCAGCGCUAGGGUCACCAGCAUGUGCACCACCCGAUCCCGUGGUGAUAAACGUACAAGAUACUUCUUGUCCAUUUCCGAGUACUACGUUUGCCGUAGGAUUUAAUUUCAAUGGACGCUUUAUGGAACUGUAUCGCAACUGUUUUGAUGUCUCUAGCUUGGCGUUCCAACAUUCUAUCUACAAGGCUUAUCGCUACGUAAACAACGCUCAACGUAUUAACGCCCAAUGGAAGUCGGAUCAAAUAAGUGGUCAAUUUGAUAAUGCCUACGAGAGAAGAACAACUCAAGCUUGCUUGUCUACUACCCUGGGUGCAGGACAGCCGCAGUGUAAAUUUGAUCGUGGCCACAUGACACCGGCUUCUGCUUUUAUAUCCACAGCGCUUAAGAAGUCAACCUUUAGGUAUCUGAAUGCUAUCCCCCAAUAUCAAGGAGUCAAUCGUGGCAAAUGGAAGGCCGUCGAGACUUGGGUAAACAAUAUGGUUAGGGGACUCUAUGAUAAUCCCACCAUCAAUAACGUACAAAUACCGCGUACUUACAAUGUCCUUAAGGUUUGCAUUGGGGCACUGGGAGUGCAUAGACUAAAACAUAAUACCAAUAACAACAUGAUGCCAAUUUACCUGUUAAAUAAUAAUCAAAUUCCCGUGCCAGAGUGGAUGUACAAAAUAGUUAGCCAUCUCUCCGGAGAUAAAUGGGUGAUGCUGUCCUACAACCACGUUGAUAGCCCUAGUCAGCAGGCGUUAAACCAGAUCUGCCAAGCGAUACCCUGCCAUCCGGGUCUUAACCUCAAUACGAGGGCUGGUGGACAUACUGUGUGCUGCCAGCCGAACACUUUUAUUACAAAUAACGCUCCACACUUAACUGGUGUUUGCUAAAUUCAUCAAGUUACUUUCAUCAUUAGCCUUACAUUUGUAUAUAUCAGUACUUUUAAAUGUACAUAUUAACAUAAAUAUUAAAAGGUAUUUG